AAUUGCACGAUGAAUUGUACACGAAACGUUUUGAAAACUGUUAAAUCAGUGAGUGUAGUUCCGGUGAAGCGUCGUAUACCAGAUUGCGGAUACGCAGGCGCGUCGCACUCUUCGAGAAUCGAUGAUCUGUCCGAUAUCUCGAAAUCUGCAGAUGGCGCGGUCAAAUCGAAAAUAGAGAUAGCAGAAAAAUUGCGCGACAGAAACUAUGCCACCGCUGCCACAACAGCGACGGAAAAUGUCUUACAGGAAGCACCAGAGCCAUGGGGUUUUCCAGUGUUCGGGACUAUCUUCUCGUUUCUAUUUUUUGGCGGCCCGAAAAGACAGCACGAAUAUGUCGACAAAAGGCACAAGGAACUAGGACCCGUUUACAGAGAACGUUUAGGACCAGUAACGGCGGUGUUCGUCAAUUCGCCCCACGAAUAUCUUAGGAUAUUUCGACUGGAAGGUUCGGCGCCCAGACAUUUCCUACCGGAAGCAUGGACCCUUUACAACGAGAUUCGAAAACGUCGCCGAGGUUUACUGUUUAUGGACGGAGAAGAAUGGGUGCACUUUCGUAAAAUACUGAAUAAAGUAAUGUUGGCGCGAAAUUCGACGAGUCUAAUGGCGGAACCGUGUUACGAGGUAGCUAAGAAGUUUCGACAGAACUGGGAAAAACAAAUUGAGAGAAAUACUAUUAUAGAGGAUAUACAAGUUCAGCUUUAUCAAUGGUCUAUAGAGGCAAUGUUGGCUACCUUAAUGGGUUCCUCCUGGCACUCUUGUAAAGAACAGUUAUCGCGAAAUGAAGAAAAGCUAGCGAAGACAUUGUACAAAAUAUUUGAAUAUUCAGCUAAGUUAUCUACGAUGCCGGCUAAAUUGGCAAUGGCUUUACGAUUACCAGCGUGGACAAAAUUCGCUGAGUCUGCUGACACGGCUUUUGAAAUCGUACGAAUUCUGGUACCGGAAAUGACUCGAUUAGGCGGUAAUGGAUUAUUUAAGAAAAUGUUAGACGAAGGAAUCCAAGAAGAGGAUGCAAUCUGCAUUGUUACCGAUUUUAUUUUAGCAGCUGGGGAUACGACAGCGACUACUUUACAGUGGAUAUUGUUAUUGUUAUGCAAGUAUCCCGAUAUGCAAGAACAAUUGUUCGAACAUUUAAAGGAUCUUCCAGAAAAAGAAUUGCUGCGUGAUUCUCUGUUAAAAGGAGUUAUCAAGGAGGCUCUUAGAUUAUAUCCAACAGCUCCAUUUAUUUCCAGAUACGUACCAGAAGAUAGCGUGAUUGGUAAUUACUUUGUACCAAAAGGGGAAUUGGUGGUGCUAUCACUUUAUUCGAGUGGCAGAGAUAGCAAAAAUUUUCCACAGCCAAACGAGUUUCUUCCAGAAAGAUGGAUUAGGACAGAAAGUGGUACAUACAAAGGUGUGAUACACUCCCAUGCGAGUUUACCAUUUGCUUUAGGUGCAAGAAGCUGUAUUGGUCGAAAACUUGCAGAAAUACAGAUAUCGCUUGUUUUAGCAGAGCUGAUCAAAUCGUUCAAAAUAGAUUGCAUCAACAAAGAUGAAGUGAAAUUAAUUUUACACUUGAUUUCUGUUCCCUCGGAAUCCAUAAAAUUGAAAUUAACGCGAAGAUAAUACUUAAUGUAAGUGAUGAAUUCAUGUGAAAAGACCAUAAAAGAAUACAUGAAAUGGUAAAUGUUGUACUAAUA